AUGUGUGGCUCCACAAUUCUCUCAAAUGAAUAUGACUGUCUGCAGAUGUCUGCAAUCAUUUGGCUCAAGACAUCAACACGUGGGGAGUUUUCCCCAGGUUUCUUCGCGAUGGAGGAUCAACUUCGCCUUGCUCAAGAAAGGGGAAGGAUUCAAUGGGAAGCCCGGAGAGCUCUGAAUGCAACACACAUGCAGGUCCCACAUGUCGUGCGCGUGCAGGCCCCAGCGCUGUGUGCUGUGCGUGGCGUGCGUGGCGUGCGUGGUGUGCCAGUGGCGACCCCGAUGCGCGGUGGUUUCCAAAUGCAGCCGCCAGUGCGAAUGAGAGCUGUUCCGGCGGCGUCACAGGCAACUCAUAGCCGUCCGGAGCUUUCGCCGCAGUGCUUCGUGCAAUCGCAGAAUCUGCUUCGCGAAGCGAAUGGACUGAAUGCAAGGCACAACAUGAGAGUUCAACAGGGCCAGCCACGAAGGAUCGAAACGAGCCAAUCGAGUGACGAUGUGGCUAUCGCCCGAUUGUUGCAGGAAGACUUGCAGCACGAACAACAGAGGCGCAGCCCUUCGUCUGCACAAGCGCGAGCUGUCAGAUCUGUGCAACUGCAUGCGGAACUACAUGGGCGCUUCGAAGGGCAUCAUCAGCGUUACGUUCAGCAGUUCCAGGAUCUCCAGCGCCAGAGUCAGCAGUUGCUUCGGCGUGUUCAAACAGUGUCAGCAGAUGCCGCAGCUCGACUUUUUACGAUUCCUCGUGCUGCUCCACGGAUUGACAGCGCCGGAGGAGAAGAUUCCCAAGCGGGAGCAGCUGAAGAGGAAGAUGAAUCUGAUCAUACGAUGCUAUCUGAGCGGACGAGGAGUCCCAGCCCGAUUCGGGUCAACGAGACUGGAGAUCUGCUGCACUUGCACGAGGGACUGGCGCCACCACCGAGAGCAGAACCUACACGGAGGCCGGACAGCCCCCAUCCAGAUGCCAGCUACAUGAAUGAUCUGAAUGGUUGGGGCGAUGACGUGCUUUCUCCACCAUCGAUCUUUCGGCCUUCCACGCGCGGGACGUUUGCACAGGGAUGGCGAACGGAGGCGGCACAGGAGCCAGAGGAGGCUUGCUGGGAUGCUGGAGCCACUCAUGAGUGUACCAUAUGCUUCGAACCGAUGCAGCCAAGGACGGCGAAGACCCUCCACUGCAUGCAUGUCUUUCACCAGCGCUGCAUCGAUAAAUGGCUCCGCGUGGAUCCUGCAGCGCGAUGCCCCAUCUGUCGCACGCCAGGUUGUUUGUCCCUCCCUCAGGCCCACCAGAUGUGA